AUGUCUAAGAACAAUUUCGUAAUUGGAGAUUCGGAAAGAGAAGUCGUUUCUGUUUUGAUUUUAAAGAGCGAAUUUUAUGAUGGUAUGAUUGAGGUAUAUAAAACAUGGCUUCUUAAUGAUGAGAGUAAUGACAAUGAACAUUAUAAGAGACUCUAUCAAUUAUUCGAUGAUAGAAAAAAUGAAAAUGAUGAAAAAAAAUUUAGUUUGAUAGACGACAUCGUGAAGUUGGUACAAGAAAGAGAACUUAAAAGGAGAAGUAUUGCAGAAGAAUGUAUAAAAAAUAUUAAUUCCUUGCGGCAAACAUUUGGAUUCUAUCCUAUUGAAUUAGAAGAUCAAAGCAUCAAGGUCAGGCCUUCGGAACAAGAGAUUGUUUUCAAGAAUAAAGACAGAAUUUAUGAUAAUAUUAUUACGGAAUAUGAAUCUUGGUUUUUCCAUGAACAAAUUAAAACUAAAGAAUAUUAUUCAAGGCUUUUUGAACUUAUUAAAGAAAAGGAAAAUGAAGAUAACUAUUCAAAACUUUGCAGGGUAAAUGAUUUCGAGACAAUGGUCAAUGAAAGAGAACUUAAAAG